AUGGUUGGAUUAAUGAAUUCUGCCAACAAUAACUACGCUCAUCAAGACACGACUUAUAAUAAUUUUAUUCGCCAAUAUUAUAGUAACAGUAAUUUUGUUUAUCAAAAUAAUCUCGUUAAUAAUAUCAACAGCAUUGUCAGUAAUAAUGGUCUCGUUAAUCAAAGUUUGAUUGGUUCAAUUAGUAUUAUCAAUAAUGAUGAUGAUAACAAUAGUGAUCUCGCUGAUCAAGUUUCAACUAAUGCUAUGAGUACUACUCAUCAAAGCUCUGCCAGCAUUAAUUUCGUUGAUCAAAAUAAUUAUUCAGAUCGUCAUCAAAUUCUGUCGUCAUCAUCAACUACAGAAAUUUGA